AAAAUGGACAAUAGAAAGGUGUACAGCUCCUACAGGGACAGAAUAAGAAGUAUUUCUGUACCUUACCGAAAUCAAAAUGGAUUUCUUUCAAAAGUUAAGAGCCUUUUCAACAGCAGUAUCAAUGAAGGAAAACCAAGUGAAGACUCAUCAUUAUCUUCAGAAGCCCAAACAUCAAAGAUUGAUACUCCUUUGAAGAGGAAAAGCGAAAGUCUUGCUGUAGAAUCAACAACUGCGAAUGAAAUUUUAUCGUCAUUCUUCAAAGAGAAGGGAGACCGAAACUUGACAGAAGUAGAAUAUGAAGGCGUUAUGGCUCUUUUGUCCAAGUCAAGAGCCAAUACUCCCGUAAAGAGACAGAGGCUAAACCAAGAUUUCGGAAAUGACACAGAAAAUUCAAUUUUGAAUGAAAAAAGUUUGCCACCACGUUCUGCUGCAGUCGAUAUUCUGAAAGUAUUUGCUACCCCUUCUGCUCAGAAGACUUUAAGAAAUGUUAACGCUACAAUGAUCCACGACCAGUCUUCCCUUAUUACAGAUUAUAGCCCCGUAUACCACACCAUUAACGAAAGUUUUGGUAACAGAAGUAUUUCAUCUGUCAAACGUGUCUAUCAAUUCUCAGGAUUGCCAUCGCCAUAUAGAACAAGAAUAAGAGCCCCCAAGUCAUCAUCUUUGAGAUCGUCUAAAUCCAAAACUUCAUCAAAUGAUGUCCAAAUGAAUCUAAGGAAAGAGAAGAGCAUUACCAACAAGUCGAUUAAUACUUCAGCCAUCCACAAGCCGCGCAGUGCAGCUGCAACAACGUUGCUUUCAAUUCUAGAUGGAAAACAGACAGAUAGUGAAGAUAAUGUCAAUCCUACGAAGGCAAACAUAGGGCGCUUUUCAAAUCCGUACUCGUCGCAACCGUCGAUAAAGAAGAUGAAUAAGAUCGAAACCGUCAAUAAUACACAUAAAAACACGAUCACUGCAAAUGAUAUAAACAAAACUAUAUCGUAUGAUAAAUCACAAACUUUGCCAACAACAAUAAAACUUGAUGAUACUUUCCCGAAGAGUAAGACUAAUUUAACCCAUAGGACUGAAGCAAGAGUGGAAAAUGUACAAAUACCAAAUAAAACAAACGGUUAUCCAGCAUUCAAGGCAAAUGGUACUAGUACCAAUAGUAUCCCAUCAGUUUUACCAACUGUCAAAAAUGCUAUACCAAAGGAAAAUAUCAAUUUUAGCCUGAAAACAACAAAAUCUAGCAUUCCUAACUUUUCGCCAGAACCUGCUGAAAGUGAAUAUGAAUUCCCAGAAUUGACACCAAUAGAAGUGGGCUUGGAUGCUGCUAAAGUUAUUCAGUAUGAGAUGCUAUUCAAUUUUUAAUAGAAUUACAUAUAAUUAAUAUAUAUACCGUUUGAGGGU